GUGUCAUACUGUCUGGGGUUUCAUGUUUGAGACAUAGUGCACUACAAGCUGCUAUUUUAUACUCCAUAGUGCGCCUUUCUAGGGGGUAGGGUGCUAUUUGGGAUUCGGCCCAUGUCAUUCAUUUUGUGAUUCUGUGUAAGCGCCUAAAGCUGUUCAUGCCGGACAACUAAGUUUCUCACUUUCCUAGCAGUGAUGUUCACUCUGUCAGAGCUCUGGUCUGUUACUGAGAGACAGGGUCACUAUAAGCUGCUGAAGCCAUGGUGGGAGGUCUUCAUGGACUAUCUGGUGCUCCUCAUGCUCAUGGUGUCAAUCCUGGCUGGGACUCUGUUACUCUCACGAGACGGGGUGGUGUGUGUCCCCAUACUUUCCACCUCAAGCAACUCCAGCACUUCUUUUGGAAUUCCCUCGGAUCCUGUCACACCUCAUACUGCAUCAAGUGUCCCCAUAUCUAGGAGUCUGGCUAAAGGCAUUCGGACUGACCUUGACUACCAGCAGUAUGUCUAUGUGAGCACCGUGUGCUACCACGAGGCUCUGCCAUGGUUCUCGCGUUUCCUGCCCUAUGUCACCUUACUGCAGUCGUUGCUCCUGCUGGCUAGUGGUUCCUUCUGGUUCCACUUCCCACUCACCUCUGCCCGCAUUGAGCACUUUUUAACCAUUCUUGCCAAGUGCUGUGAGUCACCCUGGACCUCCAGGGCACUUUCCCAUGCUGCCAAGCUGGACAGAGCACAUCACAGUCGCCCUUCCGAUGAGGACAAAGUGAUAAGGACCCAAGUGCCACACACUCCUAAACUCUUUACCCGACAGUCUAGCCUUGACUCGGGAACUGACAGCCCCCUGUUGGCCAGGACGGAUAGUACCUCGGCCCAGCCUUCUCCAUGUCCAUCCAAUAUGUCUCACUGCUCCACAUUGUCCUCUCUCUCGAUCCUAGAACCUGCUUCCCUGCAUAAGGCAGCUACUGUUCUUCCAGAAGGUUCUAGCACCGGGCCCUCGCUGGACCGGAGUGACGGAGAACAGGCCAGAGCUCUGUUUGAGAGAGUCCGCAGGUUCCGGGCACACUGCGAGAGCUCUAAUAUCAUUUACAAGGUGUACACAGCUCAGACUGUGUUCAAAGUGCUGAAGUUCAUUGUGAUUGUGAGCUACACCACACCUCUACUGGGCUCCAUCUCUUUUACUUACAUCUGCCAGCCCCAUUCCCAUGCUUUAACAGGAUACCAUACCUUCCAGUGCAGCCACCUGCUAUCAUCUGUCCUGCGCAAGCUGAUGAAAGCCUACAUCUGUCUCGUGGGCCUUUAUGGCCUGCUGGGCAUCUACACCCUUUUCUGGAUUUUCCACAAGUCUCUGAGACAAUACUCGUUCCAGCAUCUGCAUGAAAUAGGUUCCAUGUUGGACGUACCAGACCUGUGUAAUGACCUGGCCUUCUUGUUACACAUGACGGAUCAGUACGACCCCUUGCUGGCUCAGCGUCUCUCAGUUUUCCUGUCUCCUGUCAGUGAGACUCGGCUCAUGGAGGAGAACUUGGAGCGUCGCUGGAACGCUGCCCGUCUGCGCUCAAUGAUAACCUCUGAUCACAAGGGGCGCUCUCUGCUGCAGCUGGUGGCAGUUCCACAUCUCCCUCCUGCACUCUUCACCCUGAGCCAGCUGGAAGUGCUGAAGCUGGAGUUAAUUGGAGAUGCUAAGCUAACAGCACAGAUCUCCAAUAUGACUGCCCUGAGGGAGCUUCAUUUGUACCACUGCUCAGCCACUGUGGAGUCUGGUGCACUUACGGUCCUCCAGGAGCGUCUGGAGUCUCUGCACCUCACCUUCACCCAAGCUGCAGAGAUCCCUGGCUGGGUGUACUCAUUGCGCAGCCUGCAGGAGCUCCACCUGAGUGGACGAGUGGCCAGUGAGGGCACUAUCAGCCGUGGCUGGGCAAUGGGCAGCCUACGCUAUCUGCGCCACCUUCGGGUCCUAGCAUUGCGUGGCACGCUCCAGAGAAUCCCGUCAGAGCUGAGCGAGGUUGCAGGCAGCUUGGUGCAUUUGGAGAUCCACAACGAAGGUGCCAGGCUGUUGGUGCUAACAGGACUGCGACGGCUGGUGGGAUUGACUGAACUGGAGCUGCAGGGAUGCCAGCUCGAGAGAUUGCCUUCUGCUUUGCUAGCACUAACAGGAUUGCGCAGUUUGGACCUGCAGCACAACAGCCUGAGGACAUUGGAGGAACUGCUCGGACUGCAGCAUCUGAGGCGUCUUUCCUGCCUACGAUUGGCCCACAACCGCAUUCUGGCAAUUCCUACCAGUGUGGGAGUCCUCCGGGCCUUGGAGCUCUUGGACUUGGCACACAAUGAGCUGCGGAGUCUUCCACCAGCUCUUUUCACAAUCCAUCGACUCCGGCGCCUCCUGCUGGCUGGGAACCUUCUUGAGGAACUGCCUGCUGAAGUGGGGGCACUCACUCUCCUUAGUGAGCUUGAUCUGAGCAGGAACAGGCUUGAGAGGCUUCCAGAGGCGCUUUUUGCCAACUGCAAGGAGUUGCGCAUUCUAAAUUUGGCCAACAACUCCCUAGGAUCCCUGAACAUGGGAUUGGGCUCUUUGAAGCACCUUUCCAAGCUGGAUGUACAAGGAAACAACCUUGAGGAACUGCCCAUUGAGCUUGGUUGCUGCUCAGGGCUUCGUGGAGGUGGUUUGCUGGUGGAGAGGUGGCUGCUUCACACUUUGCCAAGUCACAUCAGGGACUUCCUCCAGCAGCCAUCUUGUGCUUCUUCCGAAGCUAAUUCCCGCCCUUGUUCAGAUAUAUUCCCUGCCUUCUCCGCCGCCCAGUGGAGCUUUCUCUCCUCUGUGGAAUCACGGAUAUAGUUGAGAAGAGAUCUGAAAAUGCUUUCUAUUUGAUGUUGAGAACAUCAAUGUAUGUUUUUUUAGGCAACAACUUUAUAGCCUGAAUUUGCUAGAAGAAUGCAACAGUUUCAGACUCCAUACAGACUCCUUUGCACAUUCUUACGAUGAAUAAGUAUCCCAAGUUUAGGAUCAAACAGGGCUAAAAUAAUAACCACAAAUAUUUAGCUCAGUAUUAAAAUCAUGAUUACUGAUCACAAUUAUUUAACCAUUUUAAGAACAGUUUUAUUAACUUUAUUAUUUUAUUAUUUAAAAUCAGUAGAAAACAGUUAGUUAUUUAACACUGCAUAUUAUAAACCUAUAUUUAUCUGAAUGUCUUAAAUCACUCACUCACAAAGUUGUACUAAAAAUAAAAUGUUAUCAAAAAUAAAAUAUUAUCAACCUAACUUUAGCUAAGCACAGCAAUGUCACAAUGGACAGACAACUGCAUGAAAACUGAUGUUUAAAAAAUAAUAUAGGCUAAGAGGCUAGCAAAGUGAUUUGCCUGUAUCUCUAAUAGUUUUAAAAUAGUCCUUCUAUACAUCAUCAUCAUUCACAAACUAACAGUAGGCCAACCCCGUAGGCCAACAGUAGUCAGUUACAUAUCAAAUCAAAGGCUACUAAAUCGUAUCAUAUCCUAUAGGAGCACAUUCAGUGAUAUCGCCAAAUAUCAAAUCAUUGCCUUAUGAAUCCAAAUCGUAUCAUAUCGUGUGAAAGCCUGAGGUUUACUCCCCCGCUGAAUACUGUCUGUUUACGUAUGUGUUAUGUGUGCACAGUUAUGGCUGAAUAGCAGGAGAGAAUGUUCUUGUUUUUGUUCUACAGUAAAGCCGCAUUUUAUAUUUACAGUGGUUUUAAAUUGUCAGUAUAUUAUAAUAUAUGUAUUAUUUAAGGUCAUACAUUUGUAACUCCGUAAUUUAACUUACAAUUAAAAGAAUAACAUUUGACUAACCUUUGUUUUUUCAUUGUUUCUUCACGUGCAUACUAGACUCACUGUCCACUUUAUUAGGAACACCUGUAUACCUGCACAUUCAUGCGAUUAUCCAGUCAGCCAAUCAUGUGGCAGCAGCACAAUACAUAAAAAUCAUGCAGAUACACGUCAAGCGCUUCAGUCAAUGUUCACGUCAAACAUCAGAAUUGGGAACAAAUGUGAUCUUAGUGAUUUUAACCGUGGCAUGGAUGUUGGUACUAGAUGGGCUGGUCUCACUGCUGAUUUUCACACACAACAGUCUCUAGAGUUUGGACAACGCCAUGCAGUCCUCUUUGAGAUCAAGGUAUUUUCAGUAUUUUCUUUUCUAUUUUAUUCUAUUCUAUUCUAAUCUAUAUUGCACUUCACUUUAUUCUCCUAACUCUAUUAGAGAAAUUAUAUUUUAUUGUGAGUAAAAUUCCUUUUGUUUUGUAUUUACAUUUGGCUUUCUACACAAAACCAAGCUGUGGCUUGGUACACAAAUUUCAUCCUUUUUCUCCCACAGGUUAACUUUCAGUGACGUUACGUAGAGAUCUCUCUUUCAGAUCUUCUCGACCACAACAAAUCCUCAGUCAACGCCACAAAGAGUAGAGAGAUGAACAGCAGCUGAGUGGAUAUUCUGUUAGAUCUUGUACCACAAGAGGAGCUGAUUUGUUUUUUUCACUGCAAGAAGACAGAGAUGUCCUAUGGCAUGGACGAACCGCUCUUUUAUCUCAACCAGCUCCGAGACCACAAUCUGGUACCUGAGGAUCUCAACCAGGCAAGAGAUCAAGAACAAUGUCUAUUUUACAUUACUACAUUUGAAGAGUUUUUAUCCUUACUCCUGUAAUAAAGAAACUGACUGGCUUGACUUGCUAAAGUAAUAUUCUAUAAUUGUAUUUUAGUGUUCAGUGUGAGGACGUUAAGGAUUGAAUGGUUGAUAAUGUUUAUUAAUAAGUGUUACUAGUAUCAGGUAACAUAAACAGAAAGACAUACCCUAGAUACUGAAAGUGAAAGCCUAUUUUCAUUUGUGAAGGAAAUCAUAUUAUACAAAUAAAGAAAGUGCAUUGGAGCUCGUACCUGUGAUUAAGCCACAUCUGCCACACACCUCCACUGACUGUAUAUGUUAUUUUCACAUUUUUUGUGUUAUUUUGUUUAUUUAACAUCUAUGAAAGAAGAUUUCAGUGUCAGUGCUUUAAGGUAAAGCUGUUUAGGGAAGCUCUAUCAUAGCCUAGUGUGAACGUAAAGAAAGAACUUGGUACUUCUUAGUUCCACCAGGAAACAUGCAAACAAAAGAAAGGUUUUUAUUUAGCAUUUUUUUUUUCUAAGAUUGUGCAAGUAAAGUGAGUCUGAGGCAGUAGGAGGUGGAUAAACAAAGUAGAUAACAAUGUAAUGAAGUGAGGACGUGUGUGUGUUUACAUCUCAAAAACACACUAGCAGCUUAGGUCCAAGUUAUGAAGUCAUAUUUAAUUAUUUUACUGCAAAAUCAUUAAAAUCAUGAACAAGGUAGACUCAAGCAGCACAACUCUAGAGACUGUUGUGUGUGAAAAUCCAAGGAGUUUAGCAGUUUUGGGAAAUAU